CAACUGACCAUCCUAUCUGCCCCGCCUAACAAUUCAUUGUUCGUGCCCGCCUCACCAGUCCUACCGCCUUUAUUGCUCGACAGAAAAUCUAUCGACUGCUUGUUCUUAACAUAUUUGCAUUCAUCGAUUCGCUUCAAUCUGGCAUCUCGUCCGUAGUAUCACUUCACCACGGGCCCAUUAUGCGCAUUGAUAUCUGCAAGGUGUGAAGAGGUCAGACACUGAGUGAUGGACCAGCCGAUUCUUUUGUCGAAAAAUUCGACAGAUGCACAACUCUUGGAAGCAAGUUCGGGUGGCAAAUCCAUUGAAUGGUCUACCGCGCAGCCUAACGUCCGAACCUGGCCACCCGAAACGACCGUGAUGGUAGCCGUCGACAUAAAACAAGGAGAAAAGGGGGCAGUCAAUAUAUACGAAACACCCCGCGACAAAUAUGUUGGUGGGAUUGGUGAAAAGGACAAGGCGCGCAUUGUCAUGGUGAGAUGGAACAGCAAUUGGUGGUAUUACUACAUUGGAUCUGUUCGGAUCGCAUACAUAAAGGGCGAAACAUAACAGCGUUGAUUUGGCGUAACGGUAUUGCAUUCACAUUUGCUGGGGUCUCUGAGUUGCAUAAAUACCGCCGAGUUCCCUCGAAAUCUGAACAGUGACAAACGGAAAAUUGUUCACAUCGUAUGGAUCUGUCAACCAUGGGCCCCCGCGGACAUUGUCGGAUACCCCCACAAGCUGGAGAUCUGGGAUCGAGAGAUUGUAAACUCUACCAUGAAGGAGUUCUGCGAAACAUUAGGAUGGUGCACCACUGCUUUGACGGUUACUUUUACCUGAACCAACUUGUACCGGCCGCGUUCCCGUAUUAUUACUGUCCAAGGGCAAUGGGAGUCCAAAAUCUGUUUGUGCAUGAAUUGCUGCGGGAGCAUGUAUCGCAGAUCUCCUUACCUGUAGAUGAUUGAGCAAGUCGAUAUGCCGCAGCGUGAAAAGCUAGACCGCCACUUAGUAACGCUUAGAGCCUCGAAUGAAUCUUUC